AUGUAUGGCUCGUACGGGUCAUAUAGCUCGAUGAGCGCUAUGUCGGCGCCUUUGGAUAUUCCUUUCAACAACAUUCGGAAUCAAGACUCAACGUGCGCCUUCCCAUCGUGGCCGCGACGCUCAUCACUAUCAGAAUCUGAGCACGAUGAGCCACGCGCGACCUCAUAUCUCUCGGACGACGACCUCUUUCUUUCUGAUGCCUAUGACGACGAAGUCGGCAGUAUCUCCAGCUCUAGCAGCUCAUCAUCACCUUCUACGGUAGCAAUCAGCUCGCCCCCUCGCAUUUCUGACGAAGAAUUUCUUCGACUAGAGUGUGAGCGAGUUGCCAGACAGAAGGAGUUUCUCCGGCAAGUCAAAAUGGAGAAGGAGCGCCGUCGCCAAGCCGCACUGCGGGCUCGAAGAAGCACUCCCAAGAAGAGCCCGAAGCUCAAACAUGCAUCGCUGACGACGAUAACCGAGUCCAACGAAUGA